AUGUCACUGCAAUACGGUCUGCCAAUAUCCCCCAGAACGGUCUGCACAGUCCUAGAGUACAGUCCCCCACCACGCCAUCCCAUAUCCCCCAGUACAGUCCCCCACCACGCCAUCCCAUAUCCCCCAUACAGUCCUAGAGCACAGUCCCCCACCACGCCAUCCCAUAUCCCCCAGUACAGUCCCCCACCACGCCAUCCCAUAUCCCCUAGUACAGUCCUAGAGUACAGUCCCCCACCACGCCAUCCCAUAUCCCCCAGCACAGUCCCCCACCACGCCAUCCCAUAUCACCUAGCACAGUCCUGCAGCACAGUCCCCCACCACGCCAUCCCAUAUCCCCCAGCACAUUCCUGCAGCACAGCACCCCACCACACCAUCUCAUAUCCCCCAGCACAGUCCUGCAGCACAGAACCCCACCACACCAUCCUAUAUCCCCCAGCACAGUCCUGCAGCACAGCACCCCACCACGCCAUUCCAUAUCCCCCAGCACAGUCCUGCAGCACAGCCCCCCACCACACCAUCCCAUAUCCCCCAGCACAGUCCUGCAGCACAGCACCCCACCACGCCAUCCCAUAUCCCCCAGUACAGUCCUGUAGCACAGCACCCCACAACACCAUCCCAUAUCCCCCAGCACAGUCCUGCAGCACAGCACAGCCCCCUACCACUCCAUCCCAUAUCCCCCAGUACAGUCCUGCAGCACAGCACAGCACCCCACCACGCCAUCCCAUAUCCCCCAGCACAGACCUGCAGCACAGCACCCCACAACACCAUCCCAUAUCCCCCAGCACAGUCCUGCAGCACAGCACAGCCCCCUACCACUCCAUCCCAUAUCCCCCAGUACAGUCCUGCAGCACAGCACAGCACCCCACCACGCCAUCCCAUAUCCCCCAGCACAGUCCUGCAGCACAGCACAGCACCCCACCACGCCAUCCCAUAUCCCCCAGCACAGACCUGCAGCACAGCACCCCACAACACCAUCCCAUAUCCCCCAGCACAGUCCUGCAGCACAGCACAGCCCCCUACCACUCCAUCCCAUAUCCCCCAGUACAGUCCUGCAGCACAGCACAGCACCCCACCACGCCAUCCCAUAUCCCCCAGCACAGUCCUGCAGCACAGCACAGCCCCCUACCACUCCAUCCCAUAUCCCCCAGUACAGUCCUGCAGCACAGCACAGCCCCCUACCACUCCAUCCCAUAUCCCCCAGCACAGACCUGCAGCACAGCAUAG